CAAGUUAUAUAAAAAGUAAAGAACAAUGCUGACUCAGCAUUUACACAUUAAUAAUGAGGUAUUUUGCUGCAGAUCCGUCACUCGGGUAAAGUUUGAUUCUGCAGCCAAUCCUGGUCUGUGACGUCACGAGCCGAGGUGCAGUUUGAAGUAUAAAAAGGAGCGCGCGCUGAUGGAGCGUGACGCUGCUCAGUGAGGCUCGUUUAUCCAACAUCAAAGGACUUUUCUCCUUCAUCCCGAACCAGAAGCGACCCYUCCUGUGACGCGAUGCCCGCGGCUCACACUGCCCUGUGCCUCUGCCUGCUGGCCGCCGUGGCUCCAGCUGCCCUGACCGACCACGACGCGCGCCAGCUGCUGCCACGCGACACGAGCACCGCGGACACGGAGCAGUGCGCGACCUGCGAGUUCCGGCAGCAGAUCAGAACCAUGCGGCUGGACGCCAUCAAGUCCCAGAUCCUGAGCAAGCUGCGGAUGAAGGAGGCUCCGAACAUCAGCCGGGAGGCGGUGAAGCAGCUCCUGCCCAAAGCCGCGCCGCCGCUGCAGCAGCUGCUGGACCAGUACGACGUGCUGGGAGACGACAACCGGGACCGGGUUCUGGAGGAGGACGACGAGCACGCGACCACGGAGACGGUCAUGAUGAUGGCCACUGAACCUGACUCCGCGGUCCAGGUGGACGGGGAGCCGAGGUGCUGCUUCUUCUCUUUCAGCAACAAGUUCCAAGCCAGCCGGAUCGUGAGCGCGCAGCUCUGGUUACACCUGCGCCCCGCGGACGAGGCGACCACCGUGUUCCUGAAAAUCUCGCGCCUGAUGCCGGCCUCGGACGGGACCAGGCACAUAGGGAUCCGGUCCCUGAAGAUCGACGUGAGCGCCGGGGUCGGCUCCUGGAAGAGCAUCGACGUGAAGCAGCUGGUGGCCGUGUGGCUCCGGCAGCCCGAGACCAACUGGGGCAUCCAGAUCAACGCUUUCGACUCGAAGGGCGACGAUUUGGCCUUGACCUCCUCAGAGGAGGGUCUGCAACCCUUCAUGGAGGUGAAGAUCUCCGAGGGUCUCAGGAGAGCCCCCAGGAGCUCGGGUCUGGACUGCGUGGAGAACUCUCUGGAGACGCGGUGCUGCCGCUACUCGCUCACCGUGGACUUCCAGGACUUCGGCUGGGACUGGAUCAUCGCCCCGAGGCGCUACAAGGCCAACUACUGCUCCGGGGAGUGCGAGUACAUGCACCUGCAGAAGUACCCCCACACCCACCUGGUGACCGCCACCAACCCCAGAGGGACCACAGGCCCCUGCUGCACCCCCACCAAGAUGUCGCCCAUCAACAUGCUCUACUUUAACCACAAGGAGGAGAUCAUCUACGGCAAGAUGCCCUCCAUGGUGGUGGACCGCUGCGGCUGCUCCUGAGUCCAGAGGGCAGGAGAAAGACCACCCCCACCCCCCCACAAAGACUCUGACCCUACCAACCCACCAGUUCCAGAGCUUCCUGCAGACAAGUGUAGACCACAAACUUCCUGCAGGGCGGCGCUUUGACUUCCUGUAUCUCCAACGUCUCCUCCAGAGCGACGAGUGCAGAAAACCCAACAGACUGAAAUGUUCCCACGAUACAAACAACACACCUGCUUCUCUUCCUUUAUCUUAAUCACUCUGAGUUUGUUUUCAGGCAGGAAACGGGACUUUCUCAGAUGGAGAGCGGACUCCACCGGCUGUCAGGAGCGAGGUUUCACCCUGGAGGGAGGAUCGAGUCUUUAAAAAGCAGGCGUGGAGGUGGAGGUGGAGGAUGGUCCUCCCGGGGUGAAACCUGACUCCACACCUGUCCCAGAAAAUCAGCCUUUAAAGGUACUCAACGCAAAGACAGAAUCCUGAAAAACUGAUCUCCUUCAGGCCAAAGAUCGUCUACRUCCCAAACUUCACCUGGAGAAAUGAACCAAUUCUGUUCUGAUUCUAAGCCUCAACAUUCACAUCAUUAUUGUUUAGAUUGAGUGCAGACCCUCCUUUCAGAACUGAAUCACUAUAAGCGCUCUCUGUGAACACAUUUUCAUGUUCUUGUUUUGUGACGAGUACCUUUAAAAGUAAAUUWAAAAAAAAACGCCCGACACUUGAACUUCACACUCUCCUUGUUGGACGCCAGGACUUGAACCGACGGCACAAAGAAUGCAUGAAAGCUGAGCGCAGAGAAAGAAACGAACACGGUUUGCACUAACGGCACACCAAUGGAAAGAGUUGGUUGCUACAAAAAGUUGUAAAAACUGAUUGUGAUGUUUGCUCGUCCGUACUGUCUGCAUUCGUUAACACGGUACGACUCUAUAUCCUGUUUUAAUUAAAGCAGCUUAAUUAUUGACUGUUUUUAAAUGUUCAUUUUCAAUAAACCCUUUCAGCUUCUUCUGCAUCAUUUUAGCUGUGUUUAGCUCCAGUUAAGGACUAAUUUCAAAGUUCAGUGUCAGUUUUUUAGUUUCUGCUCGACUCUUGAUGGUUUGAGAUGUUUUUUUGUUUGUUUCUCACCAGAAUAAUAAAAACAGGUCUUCAUUCUUUGUUAGCAUCUUAGAAAAAUAAAGUGUGUUUAAUGGUUUUAUAUCAAGUUCAAUGUCACUUCCAUGAAAUAAACCCAUUAAUCCAACAGCUUGUUACAUCUUUUUACAAAAAUAAAACAAUAAAAUCUUUAAAUUCAUGAAAAAGUGUUUUUUUGUUGUGUGUUUUUUCCUCAAAAUCAAACAAACACUGAUUUAUUCAGAACUGUUUGAGUCGGAUUAGAACAAUUUUAUGAGAAAAAACUGAUAUUAUUAUA